AUGAUUAUUCUGUUCUUUAUUUUUAUUCUGCAAUUUUCUGGUAAUUUUUUUUUCAAAUAUGCACACAAAAAAAAACAGACACCCACGAUUCGAUUUUAUAUAAUUUGCAGCUAUUUCAUACGGUGAAGCCCAAUAUAUUGUACGAAAAAAUGAAUGUAGAGAUUCGUCAAAUGAAAACACAUAUUGUAUCAUUCAAUUGGAACAAACUGAUGGUUUAUAAAGGCUUGAUAAGAAAACGAAUAACUUAAUUAAUUUUAGGACCACUGAAAGCUGAAUUUUGCACAUUAUUUGAUUCAGUUUCACGGACUUGCAAAGUCACAGGAAAAAUUUAUAAAGAAAAAAAAGAUUGGAAAAUUGUGAGAGAAAAUGAAAACGGUACAAUUAUAAUACAAUUUGAGAAGGUUUAUUUUUAUUUUUGGAAAACUACAAAAAAAUAACACCAUGCCAUUUCCAGAAUACAACUGAAAAAGAAACGUCAAUUUCUGCCUCCUCGAUUUGGACUGGAAUUCAGAAUUGGAUUAGAAAAAAAGCGUGAAACACGAUUGAGAAUUAUUGAAUGUUCUUGCACUCUUAACUUCAAAAAAGUUGGUUAUUUGAGAGAUUCUUGAAAUAAAAAUGAUAAUUUUCUAUAGGUUCGUCGAAGUGCAGCAGUUGAAGAACUUUUUGGGUUGAAGAAAUAUGCUAAACCUAGUGCUAUUCUAGAUGAAUAUCCACAGAAGACAUUGGUUAUCGAUGGAACUUCGGAAAUUGAUAAAAUAUGUGGAUUUUUGACUUUGGGUAAUUUUAAAAGAUAUUUAUUGGAUAGUCUAAAUAGUUGAGAGGUUUGAACAGUUUGUAACUUUAUUUAGAACUCUGAUUGUGAAAUAUUUGCUUUGUUUCCAAAAUAUUCCAAGAACCAGAGUAUCGAAAACCAGAAUAUUUUCCAAAACAUUUUGAUUUUGAGAUUUCUGUAUUUCAGACUCACAGAAUUUCUCAUGCCAGAAUUUCUGACCGAAAAUAAUCUCGCGAACUCACUAUGAAACGAAUUUUGAUUUUUAGAUAACCUCAUACAUGUUUUUUUCCAGCGAAUCCUGACAAACUGAUAUCCGAACAAACUGCAUCAUUCAUUUCAAUCAAGCCUUUCAUAAUCAAAUCCACCCACUCAACAACAUCCAAAAAUUGUUGGAAUUUAUGUAAAGACAAUGUAUUUUCAACAAAGGUAAGUCAGAAAAAAGUGCACCCAAAAAUAGGAAUAAUAAAUUAUGUUUUUUAUUAACUGCCUGCUCGUUAAAAAUCCAACAUUCAUUCCAUUCCAUUUUUUUUUUCAUUUCCAGGGGUGUAUUUCUAAAUGAAUAGAACAGCCAAUAAAUUUUACGACUUUGACCAAAAAAUUGUUGAAAUUGUUAUCAAGAACAGACAUUGAAAGUCACAUGUGGGGUUGGUGUAAUAGUAAUUCUAUUUUUGUGGGAAAAAUGAAAUGAAAAAGAGAGUACAAAAUAGAUAAGAUUAUGACGAAGUUUUUUGAGGGAGAUCAAUUUUUGAGUGAAGAACGUUUAUUCUUAUGAUUUCAAAAAAUUGAACCGGAGUUUCAUGUUGAAAAAAAUCGAAGUUAGUUUACUUUGAUUUUUGAGAAUUUACUUCAAUGUUUUCAAUAUUUGCAAUCCAUGUUUAAUUGAAGAACCAUAAUUUCUGAAUGUAAGAAAAAACAAGUCACUUUGCUUUGUCCCAAUUCUGUACCACCUCCCCAACAUUUUCUUGAAAAUCAUACAGGGUUUGAAUUAGCAUAAUUCUUGUAAAGAAAAAAUACAACUAAUCUUUGAUUUGAUUAACAUCAAUUACCCUAAUUUUUACCAAUCAAAAUAUUUCACACUUUUACCAAUCAAAAUAUUUCACACUUCUAUUCAAUCAAAACUUUUUUAAAUCUAAAAUUCCUUAUUUUUCUUACUUCCAAUCCUUUAUUUUUUCUUUAUUUUCUCUCUAAUUCUCUUCUCACCUUCUCUCCUUAUUCUAUUUUACUAUUUGCUCCUUUACCUCCUUUUUUCUACUAUUUUUUCUUCAGAGUCAGUAGACUCCCAAUAUCCUUUGGAUAUUAUAAACCCAUAUGGGUUAUUAACCUCAAACCCAAUUCUUUGGGUUUUUCAUUUAUCUCCUUAAAAUACUUAACUUCACAACCUUAUUAAAUCUUAAAACACUACUAUUAACACUUUCAAUCGAUAUUACGGUCUUGCACUGUCCACUUCUCUACUUUCCUCUAACCACAACCACAACAUCUAACAAGAACAUCAUCAUAAGAGUAUUUAAUGUGACGGGGUUAUUUAAACAGAGAUUUGCUAGGCACCGUCAGGAUUUAGCAUCUCGCCUCCUAUUAAACUCUAUAAAUAAAGGUAGGCCCGCCAGCGCCUUCCUUAAAGUGAGCAGCCCUCAUAAAAGCAAUCCUUUCACUUCGCCAGGUUAUGUCACCUAGGCUGAUUUGACCAAGACAUAAAAACACCAAAAUAAAUAUUUCAAAUAAAAAACCCUCUCCAAUCCAACCAUCCAUAACAACUCGAAAACCUCAUCACACUUUCGAAAUCGAUCCUACCUCCAAACCGGAAAUUGAUUAUUUCCGCCAUACCAAUUUCCAAACUAAAUCACUAUCAAAAAAUAAAUUAACUGUUUGUCAACAGUUCACCUAUAACAAAGGGAGCACAUGCUCCAAAAACAAUUGCAAAUAUUGUAAAAUCAUCAAUAAAAAACACUACAUAUACAGUGCUUCAACCGGAUAUCGAAUCAAUACAUUAAAAACUAAUGAAUGCCACUGUAAAAGCAAAAACCUUAUCUAUUGUAUUACGUGUCUAGACUGCGGUCUUCAAUACGUCGGUGAAACAUCAAACUUCUUAAGAGUUAGAAUCUACCAACAUUUAUAUGCUAUAAAAUCUAACAAAUUAGCCACAUUUUUCUAUCAACACUUCGACAAUAAUCAUAUAAAACAUGACAGAAUGAAUCCCAAUCUAUCAGUUAUCAUAUUAGACAACUACGAAAAUGUAGAUACCCAAAUCCGCAGACAAAAAGAAUUACACUGGAUAAAAAUUCUGAAUACUGCAUAUCCUUUAGGAUUCAAUGACCAAAUUCAAAACUUCGGAAAUAUUUCCUGUAUGGAAAAUAUUCCAGAAGAAAAACUAAAUAAACAACCUUAUAAUUGUUACAAAAUCCAUAUUAAGCACACUAGAAAAAAUAAAAAAAGUCAAUCAAAUAAAACCACUUCCACUUCAAUUAACUCCAAAUUAAACGACGAUGACAUAAUUGAAAUUAAUAAUUCUACUGGAAAAGAUUUGCAUAAACUUCGAUACGAAAUUAUCAAAAAUAAUCAAAUGUCCAAAUAUAUUGAAGAAAUCAAAAAUUCAAACUUCUACAAUAUAUACAAUGGCUCUACUUUUUACAAACUUGCGGCCAUUACUUUCAAAGAAAUAUAUAAAAUCCAAUGCAAAAAACUGAAUAAUUCUACAAAUAAACCUAAAUAUAAAUACAUGACUCUAGAACUGCCUUAUAACAAAGAUUUACAUAGAAGCAGCUUCGUUAGAAAAAUCAAUAAAAUCUUCAAAGAAAGUCUAAAUUUCGCUACACAAAAUUUGGAAUACAUACCUAGACUAGAAAUAAAAUAUAUAUAUCAAAAAUCAGAUUUCCAUACUAUAUGUAAUUAUAACAAAUUUCUGAAAAACCUAAACCAUACUCACAUAUCCAAAAUUCUAACGGAACCAUGCAUAUGCGAAGAUCCAUUCUACUCCAAAUAUAAGGAUAAAAUACAUUCACAUAUUAUUACCGGAGAUACACAACAUAUUAAAAACCUUACACUCCAAAAAAGAAUUCUCAAUGGCAACAAAUUUAGAAUUAAACCUAAAUUUGAUUAUGAAUCCAUCAACAUAAAGACUCUAGAACAAAUCAAGGAAAUAUCUAUACAAAUGAGCAAAACAUAUGGUAAAGAACUAGAAAUUCACAAAAUAAUUAACGUAAAACUACAUAACAUCUGGAAUGAACAUAGGUCAAACUACAUAUCUAAAGAAAAUUACAAAACCCCUGAAGAAACCCAAGAACUCUUAAAUCUACAUAAACAUUUUAUCAUCACUGUAACGGACAAAGCCAGUUCAAAUUACUCAUUUACAUGCAAAAAAUUUUAUUGUCUAAAACUUUCUGAAGAAAUGCAAUCAAACACAACCUAUGAAAAAAUACAAGUUUCACAAAAACAAAUACUAAACAACCAUAUGGAAAUAACCAAAAAACUAUUUCAUAAUUCUAAACACUACAAAACUUUCGACCCAGAAUACAACAACUACAGUAUACCAAAAAUCUAUGGUAUCCCUAAAUUACACAAAAAUCCUAUAUCUAUGAGAUACAUAAGCGGAGCAUCCAAUAGCUCACUCAAACCUUUAUCUCUAAUCACUAAAACAAUCCUCCAACAUCUUAAGAGACGUUUUUUGUAAGAGCGAAAAUGUUUGCUAUGCAUCUCGGACAAAAAAUUUUAGGUCUUCAAAUGGGCUGAAUUUUUUAUUUGAUAGCUACAGUACCCAGGACAAAACUCCACACAAAAUUUUGACCUAAAAAAUUUCGGGGUACUGUAUGCGCCUUUGAAUGCACACAGUCAAAUUUCUUAGAUCAAUCGGAACUUAUGUUAAAGUUAAGCUUUUUUCAUGAUUAAAAAAGCAAAAAUGAUUGUUUUUACGAGAGGAAAACGAUGGAAGCGUCGAAAAAUCAUGAAAAUGAAUGUGGAAAAUUUUUUUGAAAAAUCGAUUUUUUCACUUCCUUUAGGAAAAUUUUUCGCCCAUCCAGACCGCAACCAUUCGAUUCCUCGUGCGAUUUUACCUAUAUUUCGAUAAUAAAAUCAAAAAAUCACGUCGACCCCGGUAGUCUUUUUUACAACCGAAAACUUCCCAUAAGCGCGCGCACAUACACACAUUUGUGUGUCAUUAAACUCACAAGAGCGCAUUGAAAUUUGUUUUUUGUAUCUUAUUUCUUUUUAAAUAUCGAUAGGUCACAUUUUAUACCAAAAUUAUGUCCAAGAACCCUAUAUUCUAUGAGAAAUUAUUGCUCAAACAUAAUUAUUUCCAACAAUUUAGAACAAUUUUAGAGAAUUUUUUGACUUGUGGUCUAAAUAAAAGUUAUGCUUAUCAAGUUUAAUUUUUGGUGGUAUAUAGAGUAGCUUCCAUGUGUAUACCACGCUAAAUUUAUAAUUCUCCUGUUUUCUGAAGAGAUAUACGGCGUUUGGAAAUAUGUAUAAGUCUCAAUGAAUUACAGAAAAAUCUAUAACUAAAAUGACAUGAUUUCUAUACAUUUUUUUGGAAAAAGUCGAAUUUUUCACGUUUCUCGAAAAAAUAUUAUUAAAAACAUCGAAAAAUCGAAGAGAUAUCAUCUCGAAAGUUGAAAUACGUUUGUCCAGGGGUCAAAUCAACCACACAAACUUGUAUUUCUUACAGCGAAGAGAACACUUCACUCAUACGUUCAGAAUUUAUCCAAAAACAUUGUUAUUGUCACACUGUGAUCUUAAAUUAUGGUUUUUUCGUAAUUUUGUUUAUUUUCUGAUGAAAAAAAAAAGUUUCUCGCUCUUUUAUGUGUAUUUAUGUGUGCGCACAGAUGUGUGUGUAUGUGCGCGCGCUUAUGGGAAGUUUUCGGUUGUAAAAAAGACUACCGGGGUCGACGUGAUUUUUUGAUUUUAUUAUCGAAAUAUAGGUAAAAUCGCACGAGGAAUCGAAUGGUUGCGGUCUGGAUGGGCGAAAAAUUUUCCUAAAGGAAGUGAAAAAAUCGAUUUUUCAAAAAAAUUUUCCACGUUCAUUUUCAUGAUUUUUCGACGCUUCCAUCGUUUUCCUCUCGUAAAAACAAUCAUUUUUGCUUUUUUAAUCAUGAAAAAAGCUUAACUUUAACAUAAGUUCCGAUUGAUCUAAGAAAUUUGACUGUGUGCAUUCAAAGGCGCAUACAGUACCCCGAAAUUUUUUAGGUCAAAAUUUUGUGUGGAGUUUUGUCCUGGGUACUGUAGCUAUCAAAUAAAAAAAAUUCAGCCCAUUUGAAAAUUUUGACUUUUUUUUUGUCCGACAGCUUUUUCACUUUUACAAAUAACGUCUCUUAAAUCCCACUUUCACAACAUAUGCAAAGUAAUUGAAAGCCGAAGCUUUUGCAACAUAUAUUGGUCUGUUAAAAACACUAAAGAAAUACUUAAUUCUCUCAAACAUUGUCAAAUCCCAAAAAAGCAUAGAGAAAUAUUCUCAGGAGAUUUUUCUUCAUUAUUCACUAAUCUUCCACACGACAUAGUUAUAAAUGCCAUUAACUCCAUUACUGAAACAUGCUUUCAAAACUCAAACAGAAAAUUUCUAACUAUUACUAAAACUAACAAAACAUUCUAUACAGAAAAUAAUGAUAUUAAAUCUAAUCUAUAUUUCACCAAAUCGCAAGUAAAAGAUAUCGUUAAAACUAUCCUAAGUGAAACUUUCAUAUCCUACGGAGACUACAUUUUCAAACAAAAAACCGGUAUUCCACAAGGAGGGAAUGCAUCCCCUCUCAUCGCAGAUCUUACUUUAUCAUGGAUGGAAUACCAUUAUGUUAAAAAUAACAAAAACAAUUUCAAUAAACAUAACAUUUUUAGCUUUAGAUACAUGGAUGACCUACUACAAAUAUAUGACAAAAGAUACUUCAAUCAUAAUACUAAUGACUUAAUCUAUCACGAAUCACUAGAACUCAACAACACCAUUAAAGACAGAAAUAAGAUUCAAUUCCUAGAUCUUGAAAUCAUCAACAAUACAGAACAUCUCUAUACUAGACUAUAUAAUAAAACAGAUGACUAUAAGUUCGACAUAGUUCGAUACCCCAAAGCUAACAGCUACAUGCCGGAAAAAAUCGCACUAAACACUAUUUACACUGAAUUAAUCCGAAUAUUUGACGUUUGCACAUACUACUAUGACGCUCUAAAUAGAAUCAAAGCACUUAUUAAACAAUUCGUAAAAAACGGUUUCAACGAACAAUAUGUUCAACAUCAAGCUAUUAAAUAUUAUAGAAAAUUGAACAUCCAUAAAAAAUAUAGAUUUGACCUCAAAAACAAUCUACUAUAAUUCUAUAAUUUUUAUCUCUCUUAUUUUAAUUUUAUAAAAAUUCUUUCCCCUAAAAACCCAACCACAAAACAACUCACCAAAAAUUUCUUUCAUACUCCUUUUUCAUCUUUAUCAUCUAAAACAAAUAAAUCAAAUAAUCAAUCUGCAAAUAUCUAGCAAAUAUAUUAAUCAAAUACAACAAUAACAAAAUCUAUUAAAAUAACUUUAUUAUUUACAAACCACUUCACAACUUUUAAAAAACAUUUUUCGCCAAACAAAAAACAAAAUUUCAAAAUUCAAAUAAUCAACUACGACACUCCGUAUGCCUGUAGUUUACUUUUUCUUACUUUUCUUCUCCCCCUCUCUCUCGCUUCCACACUCUCUCCUAUAAACUAGCGUCUUUUUCUUCUAUUAUCAUUACCCUUCAAUUUGCUCUUAUUAUUUAUUCCACUCUUUUCUAUUAUUAUUAAUUAUUUUAUCUCAUUCCUCCGCGCAUAAGUUAGGUAUAGCUUCCAUAUAAGGUCCAGCUUAAAGAGGCAUCACUGAUGAGACCUCCUCUUUGCCGUCUGAUGAAAAGGUCGAAACGGCUUCCCUUGCGUUCUCUAUUUACUUAUUCACUUCUAGUUUAUUUAAUUUUCCCCUCUCUACUUUCUUUAUUUUUCAAUUAUUUUCUCUUUCUUUAUUAAUUGAAGAACCAUAAUUUCUGAAUGUAAGAAAAAACAAGUCACUUUGCUUUGUCCCAAUUCUGUACCACCUCCCCAACAUUUUCUUGAAAAUCAUACAGGGUUUGAAUUAGCAUAAUUCUUGUAAAGAAAAAAUACAACUAAUCUUUGAUUUGAUUAACAUCAAUUACCCUAAUUUUUACCAAUUCUCCAUUUUACGAGAAAUAAAAAAUUCAACAAUACUACGCUUCACAAAUAUUCGGAGUAUUUGAAAAAAAAUGAGACGAUAAAUACGUUACAAUCAAAUGAAUUAUAUUCUGUUCAUUGUAAACUAAAAUUAGGGUCCUUCAACAUUAGUAACCGUUUAUUCAAAUUGAAAAUACCAGCUGUUAUUAUUUCCUAAAACAUGUAUUAUACCGAAACCCCUAACUUCCCAAAACUCCCUCUUUUUCUUCUCCAAAUAAUUGACUUUUUCAGAAAUCUUGUGAGGCAAUCGCACUCAAUGCCGAAAAUUCCAUGAAAACGGCCGACGAUUGUUAUCUCUUAUCCGAUAUUCCGUCAAUUUCCAACGACACUGACCAAAUUUUCAAAAUUUAUGAGAAAUGUAUUUGA